AUGUUUCCAUACCAAACUCCUCCUGAUGGCUACCCCAACAACCCUGGACAGCAAAAUCUGCAGUCGUUCUCCUAUUCGACCUUUGUGGAUCCUUCGCUGCAACGACGUGGCUCUGGAUCCAGACGGCCCCGAGCAAAAUUCAGCUGCCAGAACUGCCACAAUAGAAAAGUACGAUGCGACAUCUCGGUCAAAAACGACAACCUGUCCAACGCAACCUCCUUCAUCCCCUGCACCAAUUGCAAGCUAAACGGCACAACAUGUCAGGCUUUCGAACGCAAAAAAAUGUACGACACAAAGAGGAAAAGACAGCAGUCCACGCAGGACCUGUUGCGCUCGGCUAGCGGCAAGGGUUCUUCAGACCUGCAGAAAAAUGCCGAAUUUGCUCCUGAAUUAUUUCUCGCUGCCAAUUUGGACUCGAUCACCGUGAAACCACAUAAUUUAUCGGACAACCGGGUUUCCAAGAUAGUCUCUCACAAACUGUGUCCGGAUCCUAUCUUCCUCGAUGACUACUAUGGCACAACGAGCCCAAACCUCAUCGUGAGCGAGCACACAAGGCUCGAUCGAAUAAAAAGUGACACACUGAAGGUGCCUCCUUUGGAGGUGUGCUGGCUGCUGAUCGACCGCUUUUUCGACAAACUCAACUACCAGCUACCCAUUGUCAAUCGCGAGGCAUUCUACGAGCAGAACCAGAACCUACGCACACCGUCUUCUGCGUUGCUUCUGCUCGCCAUUUUGUUUGCCGGCUCGAGGGACAUUGACAGCGACCGGUGGUCCCCUGCACAGCUCCAGCAGCAAAAAACCAUCACACAGCGUCUUUUCCAAAAGGCCCGACUUGCAUACGAGACAGAGAUCGAGACAGAGCCACUAUGUAUCGUCCAGACUCUCGUUAUCUUCAGCUGUCACGCUCCGCACUAUACCAGCAGAGACCCGUUCUACUGGAUCGAACUCGCACUGUUUACUGCCGAGCAGUACGGUUUCCAUGUUUCCAACAGCCCGGAGCUCCGCGUCGUCUGGUGGAUCGCAUACACUCAGUACCAUCUGCUGCACCUGGCUCAUGUGAUCAAACCAAACCACCCGCCUAUCCAGCAUGUCACAGAGGCCGAUCUCAAGCUUUACGGGCUGGAUCAGUUGCAAUGCGAGUACCUAAUGGUGCUAAUGCACAUGUGCACGGUGCACACGCAAGCAUGGACAAUUCCUCCGGACGACAAUACCGCGAUGAGAAUCGACAUGUUGUGGGCAGAGUGGUUCCACAGGCUCCCGAAAAGCCUGAUUUAUCGCAUCGACUCGCGGGCCACUAAAUCGGUCCUGUGUCUGGUGAUCAAUAUGGUGCACCAGGCGUUUCUAAUAAUCAACCAUAGGGCCAAUGUUAGACGAUUGACCCGCAACGGGCCCGUUUCCACGGAGUAUUUCCCAUCAUGGGCCAUCACCAUCAAAAGUGCAUACCUGAUCUCUGCAAGCACGCAGAAUCUGGCCGAGAUCAAUGAGCUGCGACACUUCCUAGGCAUCUUUCCGCAGCUACUGUACAUAUCGUGUCUUGGAUACCUUCUGCACAUCCACAGCGAGGACCUGAGAGUCAGAGAGAUCGCACGAAACAAAAUCAACUUUAAUCUCCACCAUCUCGACAGCAUGAGCUAUAAGUGGCCUGUUGCCAAUCAGCUUGUAUACCAAAUACGAAGACGUCUGGAGCUGAAAUACGUUGCACCUCAAAUCCAGAUCUGCUCGACUCCUAGCGGGACGUUCGACGUUGCCCAACUGUAUCACUGCUUCCUAUCGAAGUCAAGAACCUCCAUUCCUAAUUUGAUCCAGUCCCAAGAAUCUGAAAGCGACGACUUUGUCUAUUUGUCGAGGAAGUUCGAGCUGGGAGACGUUUUCUGGAACCCGCAAAUGGUCACAUACCCGGGCAUAGAGUUACAGAAUCAGCUUCGGGUUCCGGAUGACCACCUCUCGUUCGUGUUUUCGUGA